AAUUUCAGUAGUUUGAACAACAGUGUCAAUACAUGUUUCUAAUACUUGAUAUCUGCGACGUUAUAAAAGGUUCUUUAUUGUUUCUAGUGUGAUAAUAUUUUGUUGUUUUUAUUAAACCUAAAAUGAAGAAAUUCAUCAUCACUUUUAUGUCGCUAUGGGCGCUUUCUUCCGCGGGUUCGUUGCAGUUUGAAUCCAUGAUGUCUUUUAAAGAAUCUGAGCUGAAUACAGUGCAGAUGAUAAGGAAAGAGGGUUAUCCAGCGGAAGCCCAUGUUGUGUUAACGGAAGAUGGCUACCUGUUGACGAUGCACCGAAUUCCAGGGAAGCCUGGAUCACCUGCAAUUUUUUUACAGCACGGUUUACUGGGUAGCUCGGCUGAUUGGGUUAUUCUUGGGAAAGGAAAAGCUCUUGCUUUCUUAUUAGCCGACCAGGGUUACGAUGUAUGGUUUGGAAAUUUUCGUGGCAACACUUAUUCAAGGGCUCACGUUUCCAUGUCUUCCACGGAUGCCGAAUUUUGGGACUUUAGCUGGCACGAGUCAGGUAUCUACGAUCUACCUUCGAUGAUCACUUACAUAGUAAAACUGAAGCAAAGUCAUUUGAAAGCGUAUAUUGGCUUCUCGAUGGGUACAACAUGUUUCUACGUAAUGUCUAGCGAACGACCGGAAAUAGCAAGACUUUUGCAAUCAGCGUACAGUCUUGCCCCAGUAGCAUUUAUGAAACACGUACGGACCCCUUUACGGCAUUUGGCUCCGUUUGCAACUAAUUCCGUGAUAAUGCAUCGUUUGUUAGGUGAAGGAGAAUUCCUGCCGCAGAAUUUUGUUAUCAGGUUUUUUGCAAAAUAUUUGUGUUUAUUGGAUUUCUUGGAGGAAAAGAUUUGUGCUAAUUCGAUGUUUGCUAUCGUCGGAUUCGACUCAGCGCAAUUUAAUUAUACGUUGCUACCUGCGAUUCUGGGCCAUACACCAGCUGGUACAUCAGCCAAGACCUUCAUUCAUUAUGCUCAAGAAAUUAAUUCAGGGUACUUUAGACAAUACGAUUAUGGGUCAGAGGAAAAUAUGAGGAUUUACAGUAGCACUGAGCCUCCAAAGUAUAAUUUGUCAAAUAUCGCAACACCACUUGCAUUGUUCUGUGGUCCAAACGAUUGGUUGUCUAGUUCCACUGAUGUGAUGAGAUUAAAUGCUGAAUUACCAAAGCCACCAAUCGUAUACAGAGUGCCAUUUCGAAAGUUCAAUCAUAUAGAUUUCUUGUGGGCCAAAGAUGCUCCUGAACUAGUGUAUGCUAAGUUAAUCAACAUGAUAUCGAACAAAUCUAUGUGAUACUAAACAUAUAAAAAAUCAAAAAACCAAUAUAUUCAAACAGUUGAAUUUAGAAAAUGUGCAUUUAUAUUUUAGUCACAAGGAGAACAAACAUAAUUAAUUGUAAUUAACAGUAAUGUAAUUAUGUUUCUUCAGUGUGAUCUGCUUGUAUAUUAAGUUUUCGCCAUUUGAACGAAUUGAGGAUGUAGCUUGAUACGUUCUUAGAAUAUGAGGCUAUUUUGUGAUGUUCAAACUUGAUAUAAACAAACAUUUGUUAAA